GGCCCCUUUGAUUCUCCUGAAGUCCAAAAACCUAGAAAGAGGGCGUCUACUUUUAAAACUAUCUGCCUCCUAAACUCUGUUACUUCUCCCUCUCUUUCCAGGGCAAAGCUCCUAAACGGAACAGAAGCCAUCCAUGGCAACCACCGCCAAUCUCUCUUCUUUGUCCUCUUCAUCAACUCUCUCAAAACCCAUCUCUAAAAACUCUUCUUUUUCUCUGAACCCGCCUCAAAAGGCCUCCUUUUCACUCUUUCAAAAAACCCUGCCAAAACCUUCUUUCCCUCACAAAACUGUCCUCCAUACCCAGAAACCUCAGUUUACCGUCUCCUCUAAAAAUCCCAUCUCUGACUUCUUCUCAACAAACAAAAGUGACCCAGAAGAUGGUUUUGUCUCUUCUUUUAGUGAUGAUGAUGAUGAUAAGCCACGAGAAGAGUGUGGUGUUGUGGGUAUCUUUGGUGACCCUGAAGCCUCACGUCUCUGUUAUUUGGCUCUCCACGCGCUUCAGCAUCGUGGACAAGAAGGUGCAGGUAUUGUAGCAGUGAAUAACAAUAUUCUUCAAUCAGUUACUGGGGUUGGUUUAGUAUCUGAAGUUUUUAAUGAGUCUAAGCUUGAUCAAUUACCUGGUGAAAUGGCUAUUGGACAUGUUAGAUAUUCAACUGCUGGUUCUUCUAUGCUAAAAAAUGUGCAGCCUUUUGUCGCUGGCUACAGGUUUGGGUCUGUUGGGGUUGCGCACAAUGGAAACUUAGUAAACUAUAGAGCUUUGAGAGCGAUGCUUGAAGAUGAUGGUUCAAUUUUUAAUACUAGUUCUGAUACUGAGGUUGUGCUUCAUUUGAUUGCUAUUUCAAAGGCUAGGCCUUUCUUUUUGAGGAUUGUUGAUGCUUGUGAGAAGCUUGAAGGGGCUUACUCCAUGGUGUUUGCGACUGAGGAUAAGCUUGUUGCAGUGCGUGACCCCUUUGGGUUUAGGCCUUUGGUAAUGGGGAGGAGGAGUAAUGGUGCUGUGGUGUUUGCCUCUGAGACUUGUGCCCUUGAUUUGAUUGAGGCAACAUAUGAGAGAGAGGUGUAUCCUGGUGAAGUUUUGGUGGUGGAUAAAAAGGAUGGGGUUCAAUCACUGUGCUUGAUGUCCCACCCUGAACCAAAACAAUGUAUUUUUGAGCAUAUCUAUUUUGCUCUGCCUAAUUCUGUUGUUUUUGGAAAGUCUGUUUAUGAGUCACGACAUAUUUUUGGGGAAAUACUUGCUACUGAGGCUCCUGUUGACUGCGAUGUUGUGAUUGCAGUGCCAGAUUCGGGGGUGGUGGCUGCACUUGGUUAUGCAGCCAAAGCAGGGGUGGCAUUUCAGCAAGGGCUGAUCAGGUCUCACUAUGUUGGGAGAACUUUUAUUGAGCCUUCCCAGAAGAUUAGGGACUUUGGUGUGAAGCUUAAGCUUUCACCGGUUCGUGGUGUAUUGGAAGGAAAGAGGGUUGUGGUCGUGGAUGACUCAAUUGUGAGAGGAACCACAUCUUCAAAAAUUGUUAGGUUGAUUAAGGAGGCAGGGGCCAAGGAGGUUCACAUGAGGAUUGCAAGCCCACCAAUUAUUGGGUCUUGUUAUUAUGGAGUGGACACACCCAGCUCUGAGGAGUUGAUAUCUAAUAGGAUGAGCGUGGAGGAGAUUAGAGAGUUUAUUGGAUGUGAUUCACUUGCUUUUCUGCCAUUUGAUAGCCUGAAAAAGAUGUUGGGUAGUGAUUCUCCAAAUUUUUGCUAUGCCUGCUUUUCAGGGAAGUACCCUGUUAUGCCAAGGGAGGUUAAAGUGAAGCGGGUUGGUGAUUUCUUGGAUGAUGGGUUGAAUGGACCUAUUGAUUCCAUUGAUGGAGGUUGGGUCAAAGGUCCACGAAAUUUUAACAUUGAGAAAGAAAUUGAUCCCCUGUAUCAACAGAGCAAGAUUUAGCUGUUUCAAGCAUCUGUGUGGUAACCGGCUUUCAUUUUUGUGCUGUGAAUCUGAUCAAUUUGCAACGCCGUGGCUUUGGUCUGAUGAGUUAGAAGCCCUUGCAAAGGACUUUUGUGUUGAGGCCUUUUAAGGCUUCGUCUGGCUAGCAAAUAGAAACCGUGGUAAUUGUAUGUAUGAAAUCUGCCUUACAUUCUGCUACAACAUGCGGACGAACUAAUUUGCAGGUGAUUGGCAUGGUAUGUCCGUGGCAAGUUACUCAUUUCGUCAGGAGCAAUAAAUGCUAAUGGCCCAGAGAGGUUCAUAAACAAAUGCGUUGUCAAUGAGAUGUGGGAAUACCCCAAUUUGAUGUCAACACAUUGUACUGAAAUAAGGGCUUUUGAACUCUCGUGAGGAUAAUGUGAAAGCAGAUAAAAAUUACCUUUGGAAAGAGAAACCGUAAUCAGAGCUAUCUAGUACUACUGAAAAUCUCUAGGGAAACACAAAGACUCAAACACAGCAUCAAUCACCUUUCCCGGCAGCUCAAUCAACUUAUUAGGCCGGGGCCCGGGUUGCUCUGCUGACCUUUGAAGCUCGGAAGUUACAUCCGAUUCAGAGCUUUUUUCUUUGAAAAGAAAGAUUAAUUUAUUGGGAAGAGGAAAACCCUUAAAAAAGUGUUAUCCAUGGAUCGAUCACCAGUCUAAGUUAUGGCUAUUUCCUUAAUCCUCAAGAACAGUAAUCAUGGUCGUAUGUGUUGAUAGGUGUUGAGGGGUUGGCAAUGAAAACGAAACAAGCACCUAGUUAAGGAACUUUAUGCUUCAUGGUUUAUUCCAGUGUGCACCUAUUUGUGGGUUAGUAGGGUUUGCAAUGAGAAAGCCGCACGGUGCAAGAAGAGUUUAGGAAGUCCAAAAAAUUACCCAACUUAUCAUCUGACUGCUGCAAACUGCAAAGCAUCUCUACCUACCCUGGCAGGGCGAAUCCAAUCUUAUCAAUAGGAAUAAUGGCCAUGUGUUGCAGUAUUACAUUACAUUUAUUGCAGACCGACGCGAAGAAUUAUGAUAAGUAUUCUUUCAUUAAGCCAUCCUAAAGAAGACCACCAAAAAAACCAGAGCCGAGAACCCUCAUAUCUGUGAAGAAGGUUUCUUGUGAAGC